CACAAUUAACUCAUUAUUUAUAUUAAUAUGUUGUCUUAUUUAUUUGGAGGGGGCUGCAACAUUAAUAUUAUAGUCGUAAUGAUGACUAUUGAAACUAUUGAAAUAAGAUAUUAAACGCUUAUAUUUAUUUAGCCACACAUUUUCAGUUCUUUCUCUAUAGAUAAGGGAUUAUUUUUAACACGUAUAGCCUGAUGUUCUUUGAGCAAAGGCAACCAUAACGGAUAUGAGCAUAAGUGUUUGCAUAAGUAGCCCAGCGAAUUAGCAUGUGAGUAAGCUUUUUCUUUUUCACAUUAGGUUUGUACAUUGUCUUUUCCGACACCUGCGCGAUUGUCCGUCUUCGUUCCCUGUGGCGACUUGCCAUUCUGAUGGGGCUGGUCGUCAAUGGGGCAGGGGAUGGGUGUUAAGAUCCUCCCCUCAUAAAAAGCAGGAUCACCUCCAGUCACGGCAAACCGCCUGCAACAUUUGGGGAGGAGAGCCCGAGUACGAAAGGGGGGAAUUUCCUUCAAACAGACUUUGGAGUUUGUUUUUUGGUCUUAUCUGCUGCAGCCCGCGCACCUUGUCGUAGAGACCCAAGGUGACAUCCAUGACUCUCUCCAAGGAUUAUGAGGCGACCCAGGACCGUGCAGUCCUUUACCCGGAGGAGGACGAUAUAGAUAUUAUCGGGGAGGAUGGGUCGCAUAUCACUGACAGUCUUUUGUCUUGUCCGGACCAUUCAGAGGAGAUGGUGUCGGCCGAGCGCGUCACCGACCUGGACUGCUCGGAAGUCGACUCAUCCGGGGAGAGCGAGAGCAGUUUCUGCGCCGACGCCGGGUCGUCCGGGAAACCGCAGAACAGCUCGGUCAAACCCCCGUAUUCUUACAUAGCCCUCAUCACCAUGGCGAUCCUGCAAAGCCCGCAGAAGAAGCUGACACUUAGUGGCAUCUGCGAUUUCAUAAGCAACAAAUUCCCCUACUACAAGGAGAAGUUUCCCGCCUGGCAAAACUCCAUCAGGCACAACCUGUCCCUCAACGACUGUUUCAUCAAGAUCCCCAGGGAGCCCGGAAAUCCGGGCAAGGGCAACUACUGGUCCCUGGACCCGGCUUCGGAGGACAUGUUCGACAACGGCAGCUUCCUCCGCCGAAGGAAAAGGUUUAAAAGAAACCAGCCAGAGUACGUGAAAGACGGAGUCAUGUUUUAUCCAAAUUUCAGUCUGUCGACCUAUCGACCCUGUGGGCGCCCUUACGGUGUUCAGGGCCAAGGGAGCGCGCAGGCGGCGGCCCUCAGAUACGUGCCCCUACAAGACGGGGUCGUGAUCCCUCCCUCUCCGUAUUUCAACUUCCAGGGGGUGAGCAGCGGCAAGGUCUCCGAGCCCAAGGGCUUUCAGCUGCAGCUCUGCGCGACCUCGCCGGAGCAAAAGCCCAGACAGAGCAGGUGCUCCUUCAGCAUAGACAGCAUCAUGGGAAAGACUUCGCCUAUCUGUCAGCCCGGUCUCAAGGGCCCCGAGUCGCCACCGGUCGACUAUUCACAUCUCUUCGCUAGAUCAGCGACCUGUUUGGUUCCAGCGAUGUUUUCCGGGCCCAGAACUUCAUUUUGCCCGGCUCCCUUGUUAAACACGGUCCAUUCCGCCUUGGAAGCGAUACAGAUUCCAUUCCCCCAUUGCUGAACAUUUCUUAGCCAAUUGAGAAAUGGCUCCGCGGUUUGCGUAAAUGCGUUCCAUUUACGCACGACUCCUUGUGACUUCAUCUGUGAGCUGCACGUUAUUUAUGAAUUUCAAAUAAUUAUUUCCUAUAAUAUGUGUAUGUAUAUCUCAUUGCUGUUUGAUUAUAGCUUUAAUGUAAAUAAAUAGAGUUAAUAUAUUUGUUAAUCGAUGUGUGUUGUAAAAACAGGCUUCGCCAAUAAGCAACUGAAAUGGAUAUUGUAUUUAAAGCAGUUCUUCAGUUAUGUAUGGUUUGAUCUGAUGAUAAUAAACGUUUGAUCUUAAAUACGUGUCACUUGUUAUUUUGCGUAAUAUUUGACAUUUUAAGUUGGUUUUCUAUUCUGAAUCAUUCAAACUCAUAGCGUGUAAUCGCUAAUCUGAAUAUCAAAGUAGUAACUAAUACGACCUGCAGCAACUCAUGCACACGUCUCUGAUGAUUAAAAAUCUCUUAUUUGCUGUUUUAUUUCCAAUUCAGUUAAUUUUGUCCUGCUAUUUCUUUGAAUACAAGACAGGUGGUUCUAGUUCUCAGAAAAGUGUGAAAAUUCCAGUAUUCAUAUACACACAUAGAUGCGGUUGACAUCUGAAAUUGAAUCCCAUUCAUUUGACCACACCUGAGUGAAGUGCCUCACAAUGUCGUUCUUUUGUAAUUGUUAUUAUAACGUUUGGAAAAAGAAUCCUAGAAAGUUUAUACGAGUUUCCCAAAAUGAUUUUGGCGUAUUCAAAAAAGACAAUUUUCUCAUUUUAUAAGAAACUUAAAUUGAUGAAUCUUCAUUGAAACAUUGAUCGUUGAUUUUAAAAGGUAAAUGGCAUAUAAAGUUUUUAUUUUACUUACUGUUCAAAUGAGUGAAAAACUUGCGGUCAGCAUGAAUUCACGCUAAAUAAUUACGCCACCGUGUGGUCCGUUGUGAGUGCAAACAACAAGUGAAAUUGUUUUCUUUUCAGUGUUAUGUUUAAAUGAUUGAUAAUUAUCUUAUAUUAGUGAUAUUGUUUGUACUGUACUGCCUGUGUAUCUACUGUGAUGACGUCAUCUGUCACUCUGGUCCUAUGAAAUUCAUGUUGUAAUAGCGUCUUAUGGCUCAUGUCUGUGCUAUCAACCAACUUUUCGCUACUGUACUUGUCAUUUGGGGUUCUUGAUCAAUUAAAUCACAUUUCAUAAUUGUGCGUACUGGAAAAUAAAUGUGGUAUUUGUGAGUCACUUGGUAUUUUUUUAUUUCUAUUAAAAGGUACAGCACCGGUGAUACAUGUGCAUUGAUAUACAGUGAUGGUGGGGUGGACAGAUGUAGUAUAAUUAUGUAUUUAACAGAUCAUGUUUCAUUCAUGUAUUUAUUGUAUUGAAAUGAAUUUGCAUGUUUUAUUUGUUUGUCAUCGAAUCAUAAACAACAGUUAA